AUGAAAUUGAAAAAUAUCGCCAGUGCAAAUGUUUUAUUUGGGUGUUUUAACUGCUUAUUCUUCGUCACUGGUUUCGCUCAAAUAGUGUGCGGGUUCUUUCUCCUCUGCGAUACGAGAAGAAUUCUUCUGUCUCGACUGUUGGCGACGCCCGAAGACGGCUUGGAAGAGCCUCCCUUUUACUAUGUAGCUCUCGCGUUGCUGGCUUCCGGCUUGGCUGUUUGCACGUUGGCAUCUUUGGGCGUUUGGGCUACGUGUAUGCCGGGAUACAUUGUUUUGACCUUUUAUUUCCUAGUGGUAUUAUCAUUGCUUUUGUGCGAAUGUGCGGCCGGAGUUAUAGCGGCGAUCUGGCCCAAAUGCCUAGGCAUCCAGAACACACGAGGCGGCGCGGUCGGUGCGCUGCAGGGCUAUUAUGGAGUUCCAGAUUAUGAGGAUUUCACUACUGCUGUGGAUCUAGCACAAACUGAGCUAAAAUGCUGCGGAAUGACGAGCGCUCGUAACUACGACAUGUCAAUAUGGCAGCUGCGACGGCUCGGCCCGCGAGGCAUGUCGGCGCCGCUCAGCUGUUGUGUGCAACAUGAUCUUGAAGAGUCCUAUUUAAACCCAGCACCGGUUAACCAGUCUCGAUGCCAAGAAGUUCAGCCUAAUGCACAGUUUCGUCAUGUCUCGGGUUGCCUCAUGAAGCUAGAAGACUGGUACCAGCAGCAGUACUUCAUGUUUAUGAUAGCUCUCUUUGUGGUAGCCGUAUUCAAGUUAGGUAUACUCCUGAGCACUGUUUUCUCCUGCAUAAAGCUCAGAAAGCGCCGACAGGAAGGCAACAUGUUUCUAAACAGUGACAAGAGAAAAGAGAACAUCUACGAACGCAGUACCGACGAGCCAAUUACGACUAAAUACGUCCAACCGAAUAAUUUCUACAGCCCGCGCGUGCGCAACCCCCGUCUGUUUCAUACGAAACCGAAUGAAAUGAUUGGGCCAUCCCGAGGCGGAUUGUACGGUCUCGCUAGACUAGCGAGGCGAGUGGAGGUCCAGAAAAAGAAAAGAACGUGUCGCCCCAAACUGUAA